AUGUUGCCAAGCCUCAAAAAGGCCAAGUGGAAAUCAGUGCCCCUCGCGGUUGGUGACAACCUGUUGGUCAUGGAGGCGAUCCCUAAGAACGAUCAAAAGAUGGAACAUCAAUCUUUCGAGGCGCUUAUGUAUGGCGAAAGGCCUAAAAUGUUCAAGGGGGUGGACUUUUUCUGGCACUCCAUCCCCCCGCCGCCUUAUGUCUAUGCCCCUGGCUAUGGUGUCGACCGUUCUGGUGUGAUCACCGCGUGCACUGUGGUCAAUGGCUCAAGCAUCUUGAUAUCCACAGAGAGCCUCGGCACCUACUGCUUGGACACGGUGAGCGGUAAGUGGAGCAAGACUGGUGCCUGGCUGCUGCCGUUUAAAGGACUUGCAGAAUAUGUUCCGGAGUACGAUCUCUGGUUUGGUGUCUCGGCAAAGGGUGGUGGCGUCCUCUGCGCAUCAGACCUGGGUGCUGCCUCGGCAAAGCAGACGCCGCCGGUGGUACUCCAAGAGUGGGAGGGAUUUGCUGCCCCUGAGGGUACCGAGCUAGGAUCGCACCUCCUGCACCUAGGUGCCGGUCGUUUCUGUGUCGCCAAGUCGAUCAUGUCAACAAGGCCGCAGGAGACGUGCUGCCAGAUGUGCUGUUUCCAUGACACUACUGCCAUUGUCGACAAGUUAGUGAUGUUUACUGGCGUGGAGAUUCAGCGCUGUGGCAGAGGGCUUAAUAAGGUGAUCAAGCACAGAUCGUUUCGUUAUAGUAUGGGCGCAUGCAGCAUGGCCAAGAUACUUUAUUAG